CACACAUAUAUGCGAAAUCGUGGCUAGCGGUACCACAAUUGCCACAUUGCCACCAUAGCACCGUACCGUAUCAUCCAACUUAUUUUUUGUCGACGGCAUUACUCUGAGUAGAUAAGAUGGCGAAGCAAAGAGGUAUCAGACGAUGGGCAAGAGAUUCCCUCCGUCUCACCAACCCAAAGAAUAAUGGAAUUGCAAAUUUCAGUCGAGAAGAAUUUACCGUGCUUGGAGUCUUGGGCGAAGGAGGUUUUUCGACUGUGUACGAGGUUUCCCACCAUGCUGCUUCCUGCAACACUGUGGAAUCACAAGAGCAACGGAAGAAUCAAGAAGUACAGCAGUGCAUUUACGCAAUGAAGGUAGUGCGAGAAGAUCUUCAAGAUUGCAAAGAACUCAUGAGAAAGGCAUACAAGGAUCUCGUCAAUGAAGCCAAAAUCAUGUCCAAGUUGGACCACCCCAAUAUCCUUAGACUUCGUGGUGUGCCCAAAUGUCCAGGAAAAUGUUAUGGUGACUUUUUUAUCGUCGCAGAUCGAUUGGUUUGUACAUUAUCCGAACGUAUUCAGAAAUGGAAGGCCAUGGCACAGAGUCAAGAGCAGCUUUUCCCACUCAAAGCAAACUAUGCCUUUCAGCUGGCCACGGCUCUCCAGCAUCUCCACAAUCAUCAAAUUAUCUACCGUGAUUUGAAAACCGAAAACAUUGGUUUCAAAGCAGAUGAUACCGUUCAGUUGUUUGAUUUUGGAAUGGCCAGGCAACUUGGAGGCAGCCCACGGCGCCGUGAAUGGCUGAGAUCGUCCGCCUCAUUCGAUAGCGACAGCGACAGCUCUGCCUUCAGCAGUGACUCGCAAGAAGAAGUUUUCAAAAUGACUCGAUGUGGCACACAAAGAUACAUGCCAAGAGAAGCACUCCUAGGUGGACUCUACAGCCUGAAGAGUGAUUGCUACUCCUUUGCUCUCGUGUUUUGGGAGAUGCUGACUGAGACCAAACCGUUCCACUACAUGACGCCUGCUGUACAUAAAAUUUUGGUUUGUGAAAAGGGUGAACGGCCACCCCUUGCAAAGCACAGCUUUCCUUUUGAAAUUGAAGACUUGCUCAAGAGAGCCUGGGAAGAUGACAUAUCAGAACGAUUGACAAUGACACAAAUCUGCGACAGACUCUUUCUCAUUGUAGAAGACAGGCCCAGAAAAAGCUCAAACAACAUGACGCAAGACCACUGCAGGAAUGCUAAUACUAGAGUUACGGUUGGCUUGUCCAUGGCAGUGGAGGUGGCAAUUGACGCGGAAUGUACCCAUGAAAUGAGCAUUGAAGUGACGCCAACCUGGCUGCCAUCCUUUGUACCCUUUGUACCCUUUGACGGUGUUGGAGAACUUAUUACCCCUGUGAUUUCAUGAACUGGCUCUAGCCUUUUGAAGGCGUUUCAGCGUCUCAUAGAAGACAGACUCAAGUUACGUUUACUUGAGCAACAAAGACUGUCGACAAGUGGAAUGGCGUUAGCCCUUGAGCAAAGACAUACAGCAGAAUAAGUUUCUCUUUAGAAAUUUGAAGGCGACCAUGUCCUACUGUCAAGUUAAAACGAGUAGAGCUGGUGCCUUGCAGUGUUGAUCCGACGUUCCUUCUGUGCGGUGCCAAAACUACCGUAGUGCGACAGCAUAGUGACGCAGACGGCCCUUGUUCGCACACAGAAACUGCAACCAUCUCUAUGACAUACAUGUAAUCCUAAUAGCUAGAAGUUUGAAUCCAGAGCCAAGCUCCCAGAAAGAUGCAAAGCGGCUGAAGGCCCAAGAAGACCAG